AUGAAUUUAUGUAUACAUGUUGAAUCACUAAAGAAUGUUGAAAAGAUCCUCAAGGCGAUUACUUUAAAACUGGGCCAUCUCAAAAAGAAGGGAUUGAGUACCCGGUGCAAUGCCGGCAAGACUUCAAUAGACCUACAAAUAUGCCUACAAUGCUACUGUCUCCUUUGUAGCACAGACAAGGGAUUGCAUAGCCAUGAAGUAUUUCUUGAUCCUACUUCUUCUGUUAUCUCUUGUGCUGUAUGUGCUAGGAGGUAUUUCUUGAGAAGCCUCACCAACAGAAUAGAAGACACAGUCAUAGUUAGUAUCUCUUCAUCACUGUAUGAAGUUUUUCCAUACAUCCCCCUCAAAGGGUUUUCAAACCUUGGAAAUACGUGCUAUAUAAACGCAGUUCUUAGUAUAAUGAUCAAUCUAUGUCCAAUAAGAGACGAACUUUUGUCAAAUACACAUACAAGGUUCAAGUGUAGAGACAGCAGGUGUAUAAUGUGUGCCAUGAAGUCUCUAAUUGACUAUUCAUAUGGCUCUGAGUGUGUGCUUACGCACAAGUUCAUACACACAAUGUGGCUUCUGGUUCCUCACUUUGUAGGAUCUAUGCAGCAGGAUGUGCAUGAAUUCUUUGUAUGCCUUCUCCAAAAGAUUCACGAGGCAUAUGACUUCCAGUCUACAGACGAGAUCACCUGUAAAUGCUUAUCUCAUCGAACAUUCUUCGGGAUGUUUUCCUCGACAAUGCUGUGUAGAAACUGUAAUCUUAAGAAAACAAAAGAAGAAGCAUUUGCAACAAUUCCUCUUGAAUGCCUUCCUUCUAUCCAGUCAUCGUUGGACAUCUUCCUUGGAACCGAGGACUUGAAGGAUGAGGUAAUGUGUGAAGCUUGCCAGGAAGAAGGGUUAUGCACAAAAAGGUUGGAAGUCAAAAGAUAUCCAAGGGUCUUAUCUCUUCAUCUAAAGAGAUUCUCCUAUGAAGGAGUGUCCAGAAAAAUCGAUUCCCAUGUAGCCUUAUCAAAUACAUUAGCCGUGGGAGAAAGGAUCUAUGAUGUUUUAGGGUUUAUAAGCCAUCGUGGAUCCAUUACUUAUGGCCAUUAUCUUUCCUAUGCCAUAUUUGGAGGCAAGUGGUAUAGGAUGGAUGACGAAAGGGUAGAGGUGAUUCCCUAUGAAAAGGUAUCCACUGAAGGCCUGUACCUUGCUUAUUAUCUCCUCCGAGGAAAGUAG